CAUGGCAUCAAAGAGAAAGCGCGAUAUGUCCCCUGCGCCCCCGCAACGCUCCGCACGCCUGAGAACCCAGCAGGAGAGUGCAUCGAGUGGCCUGCCCCCCCGUCCCACGCUCCAAAGAGAGCUCUCCAUCUUCUCGACAGACGUGGAAACCGAAGAAACCUGGCCGAGCCUUCGGAAGGAGGCGGAGGCUCGGAUUGCGAACUACACCCAUCAGAAAAGACCCAAUGAAGACAAGCUGCAAGCUUCCUUAAAUGCUUUCUUACAGUGGCUCCCAGAGGGCGGAAGGGAGUCUAUCGCCCGGGAUAUCGUGGGUGCCUCAACGGACGACAAGCUCCACGAAGGUUUUUCUAACCUCCUAUCUGCCCUCGCCAUGCCCAUGAAAACCCGCUCCCGACCGGGCACCGUCACCAGCUCCCCGCACACCCGCAGAUUGCAAUCUGUGGAGGCUGUUGCCACCACCCUGGACCAGCCCACCGAACGCCAGAGGAGCUUCCGUAAUGAUUGCUUAAGGAGGGAUGGCUACCGCUGCGUAAUUAGCGGAGAGCUCGACAUAAAUACUUGGGAGGCGAGAGGGCUCCCGACGGACGUGGAUUUCGGGCCCGUGGAGGCGGGGCAUAUUAUCCCCUUUUCCUACGCCUCCUGGCCGUAUUCUUCAGUAGGACCCCCCUGCGAUCAUGCCAGUCCAUUCAUACGGACCGAAAAGGAACCGCCAUCCGAGACCUCAACCGCCUGGGAAGUCUUGUGGCGCUGCUUUCCCGGUGUCCGUCAUGAAGGUAUAGCGGUCGAAACAAUCAAUAGCUUGACCAACGGCCUCACAAUGCGCAGCCCUGUCCAUAUGGCAUUUGGUGCCUUUUCGAUUGCCCUAAAGCCAACCGACACUCCCAACCUAUACGAACGUGUUUUCUUCAGAAGGUAUCCGAGUAGUGAGCGGCGGGCUCUGCCUGCAAGCAACAUGAUCGAAUUAAAGCAAGCCCCCGGCGCGGAAGACUUGGAGCUGCCUAGCGCCGCGUUGCUGGACUGCCACUAUCGUCUUGCCGAGAUACUUAAUGCGUCCGGAAUGGCCGAGGUGAUCGACGAGCACUGGCGUCGCUGGGAAGAUCUGAAGGAAAGCGCGGGGGGCAUGCUGCGCCCGGACGGAGGAACCGAGAUUGGCGAAUAUCUGGAAGUCGCGCUGUGGGAUAGAGUGGCCGUGUAGGAACGGGUUUAAUUUGCGCUGAUCUUCCGAUGUGCCAUAAGUCAUUUCUUUACCCGGGCCAAACACAUCUGCGCCUCCCGGCUGGUCAUUGAACGUGUGCAGUAUGGCCAUAUCAUGGGAGCGUCUCAGUCUCUAUUCAUCGCCAUUUAUCGCAUUGCUCUGUUGGG